AUGACAUUGGAAGGAGAAGAAUUUCCACAGUCUGUAUUUUUUGAAAAUCUUUGUUUUGAAGGUGAGACAUUUUCUGGUUGGGAACCUAGUUCUGGCUCUCCAUCAAUAGAAUAUUAUUAUCAAAUUUAUGUUACAGAGAAUUUCAUUAAGGAACCUCAUAAUGAAGUUUAUAAUUAUCCAUACGGUUGUGCCACAGAAAAGAUAUCAUUAAUGAGACCAAAUGUUUUUGAAGCAGCAAAUGGAAAUUAUCCAAAGACAUUUAAAUUGAGUAGCGAUAUCUAUCAAAAUAAAAAUGCAGAUGUCAUCGCAACUGGUUAUAUCUAUGAAUUUUUGAAUGUUCCAAACGCUCAAAGGAUCUUAAAAGCAAUAUUUAGAUUUUUGAACCUGAAUAACGGAUUAGAAAUUACUUUAUUUGCAUUAGUAAUGAUAUUGUCAGCAAUAAUCGCAAUUCUAACAGCGUUAUUAACUAGAUUAUAA